AUGCAACUACCACUCCCACUCCCCAUCCUCCUCUCCCUCACCACAACCACCACGGCCCUCUGGAUCGCCACAGCAAACAUGGACUACCAAACCGCCACUCCCGGCGGCGCCAUCUUCCCCUCCCCCUUCUGCCAAGUCGGCAAAGGUGACACCGCCGAGCAAGCCCACUCGCAAGCCGCCCGCACCGUCGACGCCACCGCCAUCAUCGCCGGCGGCCACUGCGACCAGCUGCCUUACCAGCACACGAACCAGUUGGGCGGGUUCUGGGAUGAUUAUGGAACCGUGUUUUAUGUUGAUGGCGAUUGGCAGUGCCAUGCCUAUCUUGUAGACGCCGAACAAGAUUUCUGCUCGAUUCGGCUCCGCAGUGUAGCCACCUGCAUGCAACUGAAGUCAAACGCAACACCCCAUACUUUAAACCAAUUGAUAUAUCUCGAGCCCAAGAUGACAGAUCAAACACCCGUAUGGUUUAUCACAGCAGCAGCCAGUGGCUUCGGCAAAGCAAUGGCCCUGGAAGCUCUCUCACGCGGCCACAAAGUAAUCGCCAGUGGCCGGUAUAUGUCGCGUCUAGUCGACCUCGAAACGGCAGGCGCAGACAUCAUGGUCCUGGACGUAUGCAGUCCCCUGUCCGACAUCGAAACUGUAGCCGAAGAAGCAAACGCGAAAUAUGGCUACAUCACCCAUCUCGUCAACGUAGCCGGCUAUGUCCUCGUCGGUGCCGUAGAAGAAACCUCGUUCGUCUCCCUUCUCCAGACAAUCGGACAGACAACUAACAACCGUCACACAGUCCUGAGCAAGACCUCCGAGCCUUCACCACAAACGUCCUCGGCACCCUAA